AUUGUCUCGCAUAUUCCUUACCUUCCCAGAAACUUCAUAUACAACACUUAUAAAAUCCGCAGUAGAGUCUUAUCCUUCACCGAAACAAUCAGAGCAAAACCAAAGUCUUUCAAAUCUCUGCCACAACCCAAAAGUAUUUCAGUAAUUUAUCUUCCAAUACUAGCCCAAAAACAGAAGAAAAUGGAAUUCAGGCCAAUGGGUUUCGACGCCCCAAUCUUUCACGCCCUUCAACACAUCCUGGACGCCACCGAUGAAACCGACAAGUCCUCCAACGCUCCGACUCGCACAUACGUCCGCGACGCCAAGGCAAUGGCGACGACACCGGCCGACGUGAAGGAGUACCCAAAUUCGUACGUGUUUGUGGUGGACAUGCCGGGGCUGAAGUCGGGGGACAUCAAGGUGCAGGUGGAGGACGACAAUGUGCUGCUGAUAAGUGGUGAGAGAAAGAGAGAGGAAGAGAAAGAGAAAGAGGGGGUCAACUACGUGAGGAUGGAGAGGAGGGUUGGGAAAUUCAUGAGGAAAUUUGUGUUGCCAGAAAAUGCUAAUACUGAUGCAAUCUCGGCAGUUUGUCAGGACGGCGUUCUCACUGUUACUGUUCACAAGUUGCCUCCUCCACAGCCCAAGAAACCCAAGACCAUUGAGGUCAAGAUUGCUUGAAAUUCUCACAUCUUACACCAUCCCUAUCUGCAUAUAUAUAUAUAUAUAUAUAUAUAUAUAUAUAUAUAUAUAUAUAUUAUAAUGUCCCGUUUGAACUGUUUCCUUGGUAAUGUAUGUAUUGUGUUUUUAAUGAAUUCGGAGUUACAGUAUGCAAUUUUCA